CAUGAGGCCCACGCGCGGAGGUAAUAGCUCUUCAAGUCUGCAGUAAAAAUGGCCUCCAAUAAAACUACAUUGCAAAAAAUGGGAAAGAAACAAAAUGGAAACAGCAAAAAAGUUGAGGAAGCAGAGCCUGAAGAAUUUGUGGUAGAAAAAGUACUGGACCGUCGUGUUGUGAAUGGGAAGGUGGAGUAUUUUCUGAAGUGGAAGGGAUUUACAGAUGCUGACAAUACAUGGGAACCUGAAGAAAAUUUAGAUUGUCCAGAAUUAAUUGAAGCAUUUCUUAAUUCUCAAAAAGCUGGUAAAGAAAAAGAUGGUACAAAAAGAAAAUCUCUAUCUGACAGUGAAUCUGAUGAUAGCAAAUCAAAGAAGAAAAGAGAUGCUGCUGACAAACCUAGAGGAUUUGCUAGAGGUCUUGAUCCUGAACGAAUAAUUGGUGCCACAGACAGUAGUGGAGAAUUGAUGUUUCUCAUGAAAUGGAAAGAUUCAGAUGAGGCUGACUUGGUGCUGGCAAAAGAGGCAAAUAUGAAAUGUCCUCAAAUUGUAAUUGCUUUUUAUGAAGAGAGACUAACUUGGCAUUCUUGUCCAGAAGAUGAAGCUCAAUAA